UCCAUCUCUGUUAGUCCUAACUGAAUCGUCUGUGCCUGUGCAGGAUCAUGGCAUAUUUGGAGAAAUGUUUGCCAGUGCGUCACUGGCUCACCUUUGUUACUGGUCUGGUGGAGUGUCUAUGCUUCAAUGGAGCUGCGUUUGGAUGGGCAUCGCUUGUUUUUGUCCUCAGAGUAGAGGGAUACUUGAAGUGGAUGUAUGUCAACAUCACAGAUAUCGACAUCACAGAUGUCAACGUAACGCAGGUCGUAGAUUGUGGUGAACAGGAUGAGUGGUUUUCACUCAUUUUCACCAUUGCUUCCGUCAUAGAAAGUUUUCUGACCUUCUCCAAUGGUUUUGUGCUUGAUCAGUUUGGCACUACUGUGGCUCGGCUCGGUGGAAUAAUUCUCUACACCACGGGUACUUUGAUGAUAGCCUUCUCAACACCUGCCCUGUAUGUCCUGCUCUACCCGGCUCUUACAUUCAUAGCAGUGGGUGGUUCGAUGUUCCUGAUCACUAACAUGCAGGAUAAUCUGUGGUGAAUCAAACAGUGCAAGUGCUGGGCAGACAGAGG